GGGGCGCGCGCCGGGCGGCACCGGGGGGACCCCAGGGCUCCCAGGUGGCGCAGGCACAGCCGCGGUGCCCCGGGCGGCACUGACGGGCUCGCCGGACACGUGCCUCUCCGCACCCCCCUGGCACCCGCUGCCCACCAUGGACCCCCAGAGCGACACAGAGGGGGUGUCUGGCCGUGAGCCCCCCCUGGAGCUCCUGCCCUGCACCCUGCUGCACACCCCAGGGCCAGAGGGGCCGGGGCUGGAGGGGCCGGGGCUGGAGGCAGCGGGGCCAGAGGCUGCAGGGUUGGACGCGGGACUGGCGGCAGCACGGGAGCGGCAGCUGCAGCGGGAGCUGGUGGCCCUGAAGCAGCAGCAGCAGCUCCAGAAGCAGCUGCUCUUCGCCGAGUUCCAGAAGCAGCACGAGCACCUCACGCGCCAGCACCAGGUCCAGCUCCAGAAGCACCUCAAG